CUCGAAUAGGAACGGCAAUCCUGGGAAGCAGUCGACCAUCUCAGACCGUGUCUGUUUGUCUGUGUGUACCUGGAAUGCUUAGCAUAGUCGUGGCCCACCCUCCAUCCUACACAAAAUUGUUCUAGGCGCACGUUCCUUCUUUCCCAAUCGGCUUUCCGCAUCCCUCUUCUUUGAUCAUUCCAGGCCCCCGUCAUCUCUACCUGCAUUCACAUUCACAUUCACAUCCACGCAGAUGCCAUCGCACCACAGCGCCGCCAACAGCAGACCUUGGGUCAUCACUAUCGGACUCAGUGGUCCAUCCUCUGGCGGCAAAACGACGACAGCUCGCUAUCUGAGAUCCAUCCUUCCCAACAGCACUAUCGUCCAUCAGGACGACUUUUACAAACCAGAGGACCAGCUUCCUAUCGAUUCAAGGACAGGGCUCGCCAACUGGGAUUGCCCUGAAGCCAUUGACUUUGAGACCAUGAUCUCCACUUUAACCCAUGUCAAGGACCAUGGCCAAUUUCCAGAACGAUUCAAUUCUUUGGAAGACAAGAACCCAGUGGGAUCUAUCACACCCUCGGACCCAAUUUCAGAUCAUAUCUUAGACGGACUGAGAGAAAGGAUUAUCAGUCAGAUCCCUUCCUAUGACAGGACCAACGUCAAAUUCUUGAUAUUGGACGGAUUCAUACUCUAUGUAGACAACCAACUGCGGAAUGCGAUCGACAUCAAAUUUUAUCUCACGGCACCAUAUCAGGUUCUCAAGGAAAGGCGAGAGUCCAGGAAGGGAUAUGCCACAUUGGAAGGUUACUGGGUGGAUCCACCUGGUUACUUUGAUAACAUUGUGUGGCCAAAUUACUUAACCUGCAACGAGCCCUUUAUCAAGUUGACAGAGGCGAUGGAGGCCGGCACGGAAAGCGGGAUCUACGAUGCAGAAAGGGAAUUCUUGCGGCAAAAUCCAAUGACACAAAAGGUCGACGUUGUGUCCUCCGCAGACUCUUCCAUCCAGUCCAUGGUUGAGUCCGUUGCAGAUUUACUUGCCAAGCGUCUCUCUGCGCUGUCUACAGUUUCAUCGUAAUACUCGGUCGUUGGAAUCAAAGAGAUUUACCCAUAUGAGGACGGAAGUAAUGUACAUUUAAUAAUGAAAGAGAUAGGAGCCUCUU